GUUUUAGUUAGGAAGUGGACCAUUAGGCUCGAAAUUUCUCUUUAAGAGAAAAAUAAAUUUAGUGUGAUAUUUUUAGUUAGAAAUUCAAAUCAAGAUGUCGGUUCUGGAGAGAAUGAAGGAUACUUAUAAUUAUAUUUUUUAUGAUCUCUGUGAUCCAAGGACAAGAGAUUGGUCACCAUCCCCUAUAGCAAUAUUCACAAUUAUUCCAUUCUAUUUAUAUUUUUGUAACAAAUUGGGCCCACAACUCAUGAAAGAUGAAAAACCUUUCAAGUUAAAAAGGAUCAUCAUGAUCUACAAUAUAUUCCAAAUAAUUGCUAGCGGUUAUAUCUUUUAUUUGGGCUUAUUCAGUGGUUGGUUUACUACGUAUAGUUGGACAUGUCAGCCCGUAGAUGAGACCGACAACCCUACAACAAGAACGAUGCACAAUGCGUUCUGGGCCUACACUAUAGUGAAGUUCAUUGACAUGCUUGACACAGUUUUCUUCGUUCUAAGGAAAAAAGAUAGGCAAAUAUCAUUCUUACAUCUGUUCCAUCAUUCCAUGAUGCCUCUUGCAUCCUAUAUUGGACUCAAAUACUACCCCAAUGGCCACGCAACUCUACUCGGCCUCAUUAACAGCUUCGUCCACGUAGUGAUGUACACCUACUACCUGAUCGCAGGUCUUGGUCCUAAGUACCAGAAAUAUAUCUGGUGGAAGAAGCAUCUCACUACUAUGCAGUUGGUCCAGUUCGCUACAAUUUUCCUUCACAAUUUAUCAGCUCUUUAUGAAAACUGCGGCUACCCAAGAUGGAUUUCCACCGUUUUAUGCGUACACAGCCUUCAGUUCCUAUAUAUGUUUGGCAAUUUCUACUACGUAACUUAUGUAAAAGAAAAUAAAUCAAAUUCAAAUGGAAGUCUCAAAAAUGGAACUCAAAAAGUCAAAGCUAAUUAAUUAUUUGAUGUAUUUGAGAAUAAUUUUAAGACUAACUAGUCCUA